CGUCAACACCGCCAUGUUGCCCUGUCAUGUCAGCUUACAGCAACAUGCGUGAAGGUAAAGAGAGAAGGGAAGGACGAGAAUAUGUCACAUCGUGAAUAAAUAGCUAAUUAAGAUACAUUAAUAAAUAAAGAGCGCUACGCUUUUUGAGGCAUUUUCAACUGUCUUUUUCGCCGAUACCAGGAGCAGGCGACAUGUUUAGAAAGAGCAGAAACAUUCAGUAUAUUCUAAGUAUUGUUCCAGGGAAACGACGCUUCGGAGUUUACCGAUUUUUGCCCAUCUUCUUCUGCAUCGGCGGUGUCAUGGAGUGGGUCAUGAUAAACGUACGAAUAGGACGAGAGACAUUUUAUGAUGUCUACAGGAGAAAGCGCUCUGAGAGGGAAUACCAACAGAAAAUUGAGGAUGGGAUAAUAGUACUUCCUGAAUCAGAACCAAAAUAAACAUUUUAAACAAGUUUAUUACUUACAUUCUUCCACUUGUAAACUUUGAGUAAACUUCAAAUGAACAAUCACUACUUACCUUAUAGCCUACUGCAUGCAACACUGCUACAAUGGUGUGUCUAUACAUGCUCAUUUAAACAUUUAAAUUGUAUUGGUUUAUUAAAUAUGAUACACAAAGCGAUUUGCAGGUGGAAGCAAAUCACAAAUUUGAGAACAUAAUGUGAAAGUUAGAUAGUUGAGGUGCCAAAGACUGUUCAAUCUUUUAUUUAUUCUUUUCCCGCAAUACUUUUGCAACAUUAAAUAAGUAAAGUCACAUAAACCAAAAAAAACCCCACAAAGUUUGACUUUGAGGCUGAACUGCCAACCUAACUGGUGACAUCCUUCUAGGACUGUCAGCAGAGUUAACCAUUAAAAAAAAGUGUUUAGUGUCCCUGUAACUUGUCCAUGACUGACGUCUCUGUUUAUCACUUGGGAAUCUACAAACAGAUUCAAAUUAUGAUUAUUUUAUUUAAUGCCAUGUCAGCAAUCAAAAGCUAUUUUCAUGGCAAAAAUUCAAUUACAAAAACACAAAUAUCAUAUAAAUACAAUAAAAACAAAGCAAAUAUAAACAGCAAGUCAUAUUAUACAUUUUUUAAAUUAACAUAAGAUAAAAAAAAAUCCAAACCCUUUUUAGGCAUAAUGUCAUUAAAUAUGUCUUUAAGUGAAGUGACUUGAUAAAAGAACAUUCUGCUUGUGUUAAGUCCAGGACAAUCUAAUAAAAUAUGUUUGACAGAUAAGGGAAUCUUACAGAACAUACAUAAAGUUGGGACUUCACCUUUAAGCAAAAAAAGCAUGGGUCAAUUUUUAAUUUCCUUAUUAAGAGCUUCGGAAUCUACAAACAUUGUCGGUUUUCCUAACUGUCAAAAAUUAAUGGGUAACUAGCAUAGAUUAGCUGCGGUCGUUAACCAAUAACUGAAACAAACCAACGUAACCAGAAAUAUAAUGUUGUAACAUUCAAUAUCAAAAUACAUUCUCACCUGUGAAAAGUAAUCCCUUGCUGUCUGGUUUUUAUAUUUCUUUCGUUUGAACAUCCAAACGCAGCACAGAAGUCCGGCAUCGUCCAUGCAUUUGAAGUACAAGAGCACUGUACAAAGAUGGUGGCGGUUUUGACGCAUUUUUAGGACCCCAAGGCGACAUCUAUGUAUAGAUAUCCAUGGACUCUUUAUGUAAAAUGUGCAUCUUUCCCCAAAUGAGGAUAACAGCCCUAGAAAAGCCCUUUCAACAAGUAUUUAUUAACAAUUCAAAGAUCCGAUUAUUAGAGCAUCUCAAUUGUAAUCAUCAUUUUUACAAUGUCACAUUUUUACAAAUUCAUGAAAUAAACAUUUUGUCUUUACAGGAA